AUGACCACGAAACGAGUUAUUAAAGCUUGCGAUGCUUGUCGUAAAAGGAAAAUUAAGUGCAAUGGCGAAAAACCAUGUGCUAAAUGUAUAAAGGGCCUAAUAGAAUGUAUUUACACUUGCACCGCCAAGAAAAACACAGAUAAAUCAAAAACCAGGGUUUCUAACAAACAAAUAAUUUCAUUAUUAACUGAUAAGUUACAAAACAUAGAGGCGUUAUUAUAUAACGCAACCGAAGCUAAUGGUAGGGCUAGCAACAGUAGUCAUCCAGAUCAUACUAAUAUCAAUAACAGUUGCAAAUCCAUUGGGGAUAUUGACACCACGAGCAAAACUACAACAGAUAGUGCUACAAAUUCAUCAUUAAAAACAAAUCCCGAUAUUAGAAAUGAUAAUGUUAACGCUACUGUUACUAUCAAUGCUACCAGCAUCAGUAACAACUCUCCAGUGCCAUUAAGCAAUAAUAUUUUGUCACCUUCAAUGGAGAUAAGAGGUCAACCUGGUGCGAAAAUUAUUGAUAAAAUUGCAACUACUUUUAAAAAAGAAUUGAAAAAUGAGUUAACUUCCAAAACGAAAAUUAAAAAUACUGAUGGGUUUUUUUUAUACUAUAAUGGAAAUACAAACAAAGAUUAUUUAGGGGGUAGAUCGAGUUUUUCAAUAUUCAACAGGCAUGGGAUUUUAUGGUUGCAAAAAAAGGUCCCCACCAAAGAAUGCACAAAGAUACUUAAUAAUAUGGUCGCAUUGAAUAGCUUAUUGAAAAAGGAUAACCAGAUGUAUAUUGAAAAAGUAUUUCAAAGGGUAGAACCUUCAUUGGACGUAAAGCCACCUAGUCUAUUUCUAGAUUUAAUAUGCGAUAUUAUAUGUAACAAUAUUUGGUAUACGUUAUACAUUUUAUCCAAAGAUAAAUUGUUUGAACUAAUUAACAAGUAUAAAACUGAUUAUGACCAAAUGGACACAACGCAUCUUUUUUUAAUAAAUACAAUUUUCCUCUGUGGUUGCUCAUUGAUUAGGUGUUAUUAUCACAAUAGUCAUACGCUUCUUGAUGAACUAGAUGUAUGGGAAAACAUUUUUUUGAUAAAUUCGGUAAAUUAUUAUCAGAAAUUUAGUCUAAAUUAUACGGAUUCAAGUGUCAAAGAUCCGAAGAGUUGUGUCCAAGCGAUGCUAUAUUUUAGCCAUUAUAUGGAAAAUUCACCAGCCCCACAAGUCUGCUUUAUGAUUGUUUCCAGUGCUGUUGCUAUUUGCCAUCAGAUUGGCAUAUAUGACUCAAACUACAUUGAUAACAUAUCCGAUUUAGAGGAAAGAUUAAACUGCAGAAUAAUAUGGUGGAACUGCUAUAGAAUAGAUAAAUAUUUGAGUUUAAGAGUAGGUAAGCCUGAAUUAAUUGCACAAAAUGAGGCCAAGGGGUUAGAAGAAAAACUAUUAUUGGAUAUAACAGCAUACAUAAAACCUGAUUUAUUUGAACAAACUAAGGGUAAUUAUAGCUUAGUUUUAGAGAAUCUAAAGCUUUCAAUAGAUGGGCUUGAUAUUUUACUGUACGACUAUAAGUUGCAAUUAAGUAAGAUAUCUAGCAAGUGUUUUGUUGACUUAUUUUCUGCCAAGGCUGCUGAAAGCACAUCUUUUUUGAAAAUUGAAUCAAAGAUUUUGGGUUUAAAUGAAAAACUAAACGAAUGGUGUGAUACUAUUCCCAACUUUAUGAGACCAGAGCUAAGAAACUAUUCGGAAAUUAAAAAUAAAUUAAAGCUUUUAAAAAAAGGUAAGCCACUUAAACUUUACGCUUAUAAUGCUGGUACUACUACUACUACUACUACUACUACUACUACUACUACUACUACUACUACUACUACCAAUCAUAACAAUAGUAAAAAUGAUAAUAUCCGCGUGCCAGAAACUGAUAUAGAUCCACAAGUUUACAUAGAUAAACUUUAUUUGAGAGUACUAUACUUAUUGUUAGAGUACCAUUUAAUUAGUAUGUCAAUUAAUAGAAUAGCUAUCAAGUCAUCAUGGGCCUUUCACUUGAAUGAUAACGAAAGAUUAUUGAACGAGGAUGUCUAUGUGAGUAAAAUAUUCCACAACGCCACUUGCAUUUUAGAGAUUAUCCAAUUAGUAUUGGUGGAUGAUUGGAAUCCAAUGUUAUCUAAUGAAUUAUUGUUUACGUAUUUUUCAGCAUUUGUAAUAGUUUUCGGCUCAGGACUAAGUGUUCCUGAAUAUAUCCAGCAAACAAUCAAACCAUUAAUCCAAUCAGUUAAAUGUUUUUUAAAACCCAUUAAAGAGCAUCGUAUUGUUGAUGUUUUAAAAUGGAGUGCUUUUGGAUGCCAUAUUUUAUUUUUCAUGAAAUUAUUUUUUUUCAAAUUUGAAGAAUAUAUUAAUACUAUUAAAGAGAAUAAGGAUGUUUAUAAUGAAAUAGACGACGAGUGCAAAGAAAUUUUAAAAAAUGGAUAUGAUUAUUACUUCCAUGACGAUUUACGAAUUGUUUAUAAUGGAGUUACCAAACAUAGCAAAUUAAUUUUGAAAAACUUUGAUGAAUCUAAACAGAGGAGGAACAAAGAAGGGAAAUCUAAAAAAGCUAAUAAUAAUACGCUGGGAGACAGGAUGAAAGGAAGAGGCAGUAUUAUUGGUAGCCGUGAUAAUAGAAUAAACAGUACUAUAAGUGGCACUACGCACAGUUUUAAUGAUAAUGGUGAUGCUAAGACAGAAAAUAACACCAAUAAAGCAGAUGGGAAUAUGAGUUCUACAGCGCUAGAUUCCAAUGAAUUAACGCCUGGGUUUUUAUCCGCACUACAGGAUAUAAUUACAGGCGCAUUUGAGAACGAUGAGGCAGGAAUUAAUAAAACUGGGGAAACCAAUAUUGCCAAUGAUAUAGCUGGUAGUUUUUCCAAUGGUGAUGGAUUUGGUGAUGGCAACAUCAUUGCAUUUCCGAUAAAUCAUGCACGAAUAAACCCGAAUAGCUUUAAUUCUAGCAAAUCUACUGUUACUAGUAAUGCCGCUUCUACCGAAAAUAAAGACAAUGGGCUUGAUGGCAUUAACGGUACUUCUGUUUCCAAUGAUAUUAGCACAGCUGCAAAUAAUAUUUUUCAUAUGAAUGACAAUAAUUUAUUUAUUUCAAGGACUGCUGAUGUUUAUAUGGAUGACAUUUUUGGAGGUACAAAUUCUAUUACAAAUCUUGAUUUUUUAGAUGAUGAAAUAUUUGAAUGGGCAUUUAACAAUUCACUAAAGAAAUGA